AUGGCCCGGGUGCAGUACCCGCCCCCCCAGAGCUGGCGUCCUCAGCUCGGCCAAUCGGCGACGGCGCUGGUCCCCCCGCGCGUCAUGGGCCGCUCGCCCCGGCCAAUCAGCACGCUGCAGGAGGUGACCUCUGAGGACGAGGACCGUGAGCGCCCCCCGGAGGCGCCGCGCGCCGCCACGCCCCACUUCCUGUCUCCGCAGCCCGCCCCCCGCCAGCGCUCCUUCUCCUGUACCCAGCAUGCUUUGCAGCGCCGCUCCGCCGGCCCCCAGCCGGAGCCCAACUACCUGAUCGUCACGGACAGGGUUGGGUCAGGCGAGACCUCAGAGCGGGCGCCGGUGGUGGUGUUAGCUCCGCCCCCUCCGGACGCCGUUCAGCACGCCGUUAUCCAGAACGAACGCCACCCGCCCGGGAACGCCGUUAUCCAGCCCGGGAACGCAGACCCCCCCCAGGCGGCGCCUGGCGGCGAGCAGAAAGCCAGAGGAGAGAGGUUGAAUAAUGGCGCAGACUCCAGGCAGACAGCGCUGUGA